GCCUUGAAAUUAGUAAACUGCAAACAUACAGAAAAGGAGACUAACCUAUAUAAGGAGCCUGUACUCUAUACUUUAUUAUUACAAACACAACAAUAGAAAACUCUUAUCAUUCUAUACAUGGCUGCGCUUACUGAUGUGCAAAUACGUGAGGCUUUUAACCUCUUCAACAUUGAUGGAUCUGGAGCCAUUGAUGCGGAGGAGAUGGCAUUAGCCAUGAAAAGCCUCGGCUUCGGCGAUCUUUCGUCUAAUGAAGUAGAGCUCAUCAUUGGUUCGAUGAAAACCAAUGCCAGCGGUUUCAUUGAAUACGAAGAGUUUGAAAAGAUGAUAAAGUCGCGCAUGGCACAGAAGGAUUCUCCGGAGGAGAUAUUCAUGGCAUUUAAGCUUUUUGAUUUAGAUAAGAGGGGAAAGAUAUCACUUUCCAAUCUCAAAGAGGUGGCGAAAAUGCUGGGGGAAAGCCCUGGGGAUGAUGUUUUGCAAGAGAUGAUUGCCGAGGCGGACGAGGAUGGUGAUGGUGAGGUUUCUUUUGAGGAAUUUAAGAAUGUUAUGAUUCAAAUGAAGGGAAAAUAAUAUAGUGAAAAAGUCCAUUAUAUAUUUAUACAUUUUUCUAACGAAACCCGUCAGAAAAUAAAAUAAAGGUGUUAGAUAAAUUAUAGGAAUAAACGAUAUGUUCAGUGGAGUAAGGUUCAAUAUAACUGCAAUCUAGGAAAUCAAUGAGGAUAAUGGGGGUAAAGCUAUUCCUAAUCAGUUAUAAAUAACUUGAAUUAUAUUAUUUAUUCCUGAUUUCGAGUUUCCGCAUAGAAGUAGUUUCUAUUUGUUUCUUAUUAUUAUUGAUACCCAAAUGGUGAUUCCUAUUUCACAAGAAUUAUAUAAUAUUCUUAAGAAUGCUAAAUAUGUAUGUGCUGAUUUCUCUUCA